CGGGGCGAGUGGGGCUGGGAAGGCUCCGGUUCGGCUGACCCGGGCUGGCUACUGCGGCGAGCCCGACCCCGGGGUGCGGGUGCGGCGGGCGGAGCAGGAUAUGCGACAUGGCCGCCUAUCAUUCAACAGGACACACGCAGCUGCCCAGAGCUGAUGCCAUUCGUUCACGUCUCAUUGAUACUUUCUCUCUCAUCGAGCAUCUGCAAGGCUUGAGCCAAGCUGUGCCACGACAUACUCUCCGAGAGAUACUUGAUCCUACCCUUCAGAGGAAAUUUAUAUUGGGAGAUCAACACCAGUUUGUGCGCUUCUCCAUAAAGCCUUGUCAUGUAGACCGGAUUACACAUGCGCAGAGAGCGAUGAGCAGGCUUCGAGUGCGCUGCAGUCAGAGGCCACCUCUUUCUUUGUGGGCUAGAUGGGUCCUGGAGUCUCCUCUCUUCACAAACUUCAUCAUCUUUCUCAUCUUUUUGAAUACGAUUGUACUGAUGAUUCAAAUAGAAUUGCUUGAGUCCUCAAAUGCCAAACUGUGGCCCCUGAAGCUGUUCCUGGAGGUAGCAGCUUGGUUCAUCUUGCUUAUUUUCAUCUUUGAGAUCCUUCUUAUGUGGCUAUCUGGCUUUUUCCUCUUCUGGAAGAAUGCCUGGAAUGUCUUUGAUUUUGUUGUCACCACAUUGACCCUGCUUCCUGAGAUUGUGGUACUUUUAGGGAUAACGGGCCAGUCUGUGUGGCUCCAGCUGCUGAGGAUCUGCCGGGUGCUGAGGUCUCUCAGACUCUUUGCACAAUUCCAUCAAAUUCGUGUCAUUAUUUUGGCCCUGGUCAGGGCCCUCAAGAGCAUGACCUUCCUCUUGGUGUUGCUGCUGAUCUUCUUCUACAUUUUUGCUGUGGCUGGCGUCUACUUCUUCAAGGAUUAUACCCAUUCAACUCGCCAGGACCUGGAGUACCACAUGUUCUUUUCGGACAUGCUGAAUUCCCUAGUGACAGUGUUCAUUCUCUUCACCAUGGAUCAUUGGUAUGCACUGCUUAAGGACACCUGGAAGGUACCUGAAGUCAGCCACACCUUCAGCAGCAUCUAUGUCAUCCUUUGUUUGUUACUUGGUUCCAUUAUCUUUCGAAAUAUCAUAAUAGCCAUGAUGGUUACUAACUUCCAGAAUAUCAGGAAUGAGCUGAACGAGGAGAUGGCACAUCUGGAGGUUCAGCACAAAGCCGACAUAUUCAAGCGGCAGAUUAUCCAGAGGAGACAAAACCUGUCCCCUAAGCCAAUAAGAGAUACCAGUCAACAAGGAGAAUCAUUGGAUUUUUUAGAAGCAUCUCAACACAGUGCCAUAGAAGAGUCUGAGUAUAGUGCUGCUGAUGAGAGCUCAACAGCAUCUACAUCAAAGACAAGAGAGUCCUUGUCAAAACAGAAAAAGUCCUCAACUUCCUCCUCCUCCUCUUCAUCUUCCUCCUUCUAUUCUGACUCUUUUGGUCAGUUGGACUGGGAGACUCACGUGCACCAGAAUCUACCUGGGCUAAUGGAAAUGGAUCAGGAUGAACGUGUUGUUUGGCCUAGAGACUCACUUUUCCGAUAUUUUGAGCUGCUAGAAAAGCUUCAGUAUAAUUUAGAGGAGCGUAAGCAGUUACAAGAGUUUGCAGUGCAGGCACUGAUGAACUUUGAAGACAAGUAAAGCCGACAAUGGAUGGCUUCAAUAUCUUUGGUAAAAAUUAAUGAAGAAAAGAGUUGGAAAAGGCAAAUUCAAAGCAUAAAUGUCUAAUAAAUACUGCUGAUAAUUGCUCAGUCUUCUGUCUCUAAGACAUAGUGAAUAUUAUUGAAGGGCCCCCACCCGUAAGAUGGCAAACUUCCUGCUUCUCUUCUGGGUCCUCGGUUCCCGCCGGCGCCACCUGAAGCCCAAUC